AAGUCCCCUCCUCUGCCUGCCUUCCACCUCAUUCUCCCCCACCUUUGUGCGCUCCCUUUCCCUCCCCCUUCUCUCCUCCUCCUCCUCCUCCCUUUCGCCCCGGCACAGAAUUGUAGGACAGGAGCGGAGGUGACCCAAGGUUUUGGGAAGUCUGUUGUUUGAGGGCUGCGGCAGGUGCCAGGCUUGGCGACACUUCGUCCGCUCUUCUGUGGCAUGUGAGGGACCCGCAGAGCUGACGCGAUGCCAGCACAGCUGGCUCAGGCUUUGUACGAUAAUGCUGCUGAAAGUCCAGAAGAACUGAGUUUCCGCCGUGGCGAUGUGAUGCUAGUUCUGGAGCGGAACGAUCCAUCCCUUGGUGGUUGGUGGCGUUGUUCUCUGAGGGGGCAGCAAGGGAUUGCUCCUGGAAAUCGUCUUCAACUUAUCCCUGAGACGCCACAACAGGAAAGCGAGUAUCAGGCUCCCCGCUUUCUGGGUGUCAAUGUGGAUGCUGGAAAACUACAAAAAUAUGAAAAGGGAGCACAAGAAAAAAGGGAGGAACCUAAAAAUGAAGAGGAGCCUGAGAAUCAAACUGGAGCUGAGGUAUACCAAGUCCCUUCUAUUGCCCGUCUUCGUCUCUCUGGCCAACCUGCCAAUGCUCAGGAUGACAUUUAUAACUCACCACGUCUAGUUGGGUCGUGCAUAGAGCAGCCAUUGGAGGUUUAUGAUACUCCUUCUGCACUAAGGAAAGAUCCACUUUCAACAUUAGACACGUAUGAUAGCCCUGCAUUGAGGGUAAAGGCUGCAGAUUCAGCUGCUCAGGUGCCUGAGGAGAUUCCAGAAGAUAUUUAUGAUGUUCCUCCUACAUUUAACAAAUCACCUUCCGAUGAUGAGGAAGAUGAGGGUGUAUAUUCUAUGCCAUCUAACCUAAAGCGGGUAUCAGGGCUCCAAAAUCUGUAUGAAGCUCCUGAAGAUAUUCUCAGCUCAGGACACCUCCCUGAAAUCCUUCCGCCACCACCAGCUCAGCGCCUCUCAGUAUGCAGCACUGGCAGUACCCGUUCAGCAGAUUCUGCUGGAAGCAGAGAGUCAAAUAUACCACCGCUAUCUAUAUGGGAACCUCGUAAUGAUGGCACCUGCACAAUGGAAGGCUUGAGGAUGUUACAUCAAGAACUGCAAGUAUCUAUUGCCCCUGUACUUGCUGGGGCAGAAAAGAGUGCAGAACCAGGAGGUCAAGAGGACUCAGGGACAACUAAGAAAGUUUUAGGGGCUCUGAGGGAUUUUCUUGUCAUGGCACAUGUUGCUGGGCUUCGUUCUUGUCAGGCCUCAGAUCCAGCUUUACAUAGGGAACUUUCAGUGCAUCUGGACCAAUUGGAAAAUGCAGCUAGAGAACUUUUAGACAAAGGCAGUGAAAGGCCACUGAUCCAGCUCAUUCAAGAGCACAGCAAUUGCUUUGUAAGACUAGUUAGUGCCAAUGCUGGCCUUCUUUUUCCAAGACCAAGACUUUCAUCCAGUGAGAGUCUAUCCCGACGUCCUCUUCCUGCAUUGCCUACAGCCUCUCCUGCCAUCCAACGAAAAGGCAGCAUCCAGGACCGUCCUUUACCACCACCCCCAACUCUUCAACAUGUAGCAAGUGACCCUUCAGACGAUAUCCACAGCGAAUAUGAGAGGAUACAGUGUAGAGACAAUCAUUAUGUACAUCUGCAGGGUUCCAUUACUGCUCAGAAUAUAUCAAAGCGCAAAGACAGACAAAAAGAUACGGGUCAAGGCAGCACCCUGGAGGAGAGAGAGGUGGACCCUUUUCCUGAAGCGUCUGAAGAGGACCGUCACUUGCUUCACUUCUACGCCACUCAGAGCCAUAGCCAUCUACAGACAUUGUUGUCCUGCGUAGGAACCUUCCUAGGAAGUGCCAGCUCACAGCCCCCUCGUGUCUUUGUGGGGCAUGGGAAGCAGUUAGUGAUUGCAGCACACAAGCUGGUGUUCAUUGGUGAUACACUGGGCAGAUUGCUUAGCUGCCCUCAACUUCAGACACGAUUAGCAGGAGAAGGUGCAGCAUUGUGCCAGGCACUGAAAGACGUGGUACUGGCAACAAAGGAGGCAGCUACUCUGUACCCAGCCCCUGCUGCACUCAAAGCAAUGGCAGGUACCGUCUCAGUGCUCUGUACCUGUGCCCACAGCUUUACACACUUACUGCAACACCUGGCUACAUAGACUCAAAUGACACAGGAUCUUGGCUUCUAUUGAUGGCCUGCUGACAAGUGCCGCAGAACAGAACUUGCCUCUGCACAUCAGAUGCUGUACCACAAGCCUGCUAGGCUUUUUUUUCUUUUUUCUAAACAAGUUAUUUAUUUUCUAUUAUAAAAGGUUGUUACACUGUGAUACCUAAAUAAAUACUGUAAAGUUUAGCAUGAUAAUCAUGCUGCAGAUAAAAAAAACAGCAUUUCAUUGGCCUCCUCCUUUUAUAUUUACACAUGUACCUGAUGGUGCAAGAUUUAAAAUCAUUUGUGCCCAAAAUAUGUAUAUGGCAGGGCCUCUUCGUGUUUACUUUGCAGUGGGCAAAACUAUCAGCUCCUUUUACUAAUCAUCAAAAGUUACUGUAUGUAGAGUUAAUAAGCCCACGUGCUCAGACUUGGUCACAUUCUUCUUUGCACAUCUAUCUCUUAAAGGGGUGGUUCACCUUUCACUUAACUUUUAGUAUGUUGUAGAAUGGUCAAUUCUAAGCAACU